AAUGCCAUGCCACCCCCUUGAGAGGGCCGCACGUCCACCACCGCCGCCCCUACAGCAGAGCAGAGCAGAGCACUCUUGCCCGUAUACGAUUAAGCGUUAAACGAUGGCUCCGGUUCGAACAGUGGCCUGCACGCGACGGCCGCUGUCCCGGGCUGCGAUGGCAGAGGGCUGAACUGCGGACAGACGCUGCGUGGGCUGACGCCUCGCUGGGGUCUCUAUCACGCUUACUCUGCUCUAUGACCUGGCAUCCAAGGCCAUCAUCUUUUGCGGUCGACCUCGGCGGAGACAAUCGAAGGGCCCGACUCGUGUCGCCUAUGGCCCUGAGCCUAAUUUCGAGCGACCGUGUCGCCUUCUGCGGCAAUUUGCGCGUGCAGCCUGGAUUCAAUACCGAGUCAACCCAACCCUGCGAUGCGGAGCUGCUACUCCUACACGAGCCUGGUCUCUGAACCUGGCAGCCAGAAUGUUGCUCCUUGGGGGGACUGACAUCUCGUUAUGACGUGUCGACGCUCGCUGUCGAGCCCGAUAAUUACGGCCAUUCCAGCGAGGCCAAGCCGCUCGCUCUACUGGAUUCAGCGUGUCACUUCUCGAUGCUAUGAUGUCCCUCGCCCGGCGAGUCUGGUACAUGGCAUCCGAGACCACUUCAGCAGCCCAUCCGCCCAGCACACCACGUCUUUCGCGACCCGUCUUGUUCAAGGACCGUUCAACAGAACGGGACAGGCCAUGCAAAGGUCCGCAAGUGGCAAAACAAGACCUCCCACCGCUGCGGCCACCUGCCUACGUCGCUGUUGCAACACAUGAGGAUCUCUACUCGAAAUGUUACCCCGACGUGUGCUGGCAACAGAUCACCGUUUUCUGGCCGUUGAUGCUUUUAUGGUGUUUACAACAGCACACCUGCAAUCUGUUUCUGGUCUGGCCUCUGCCCGGUCUCGGCAGGGGCUAAAUCACGGAGGAACUUUCGUAAUAGAUCCGAGAGGAUCCGUCUGUAGUGCUUUCAUGCUCAUCGAAUGUGGGGUGGGACAUUUGGCGGAAGCGCGCGCAAGCGCUGGGUUGGAUGAUGGAACACGGAGCUUGGGCCCUGGUGGCCUUGAUUGCAACGGUCGACAGAAGAUGCAGCGCAGCAACAGGAGGGCAAAUAUCUGCGUGAUGCCGGAGCAGACACCGGUGUGAGUGCAAGUGCACGUGGGAUGGACCUGGAGAUGGCUUGAUGGCAGACACGACAAAAGUGUCGUCCGUGGGGCUGAGGCGCGUUUGAAGCCGGCGCCAAACGCGCUAUCCCUCUCUACGGAGAGCCAGCACAGCCUCUGAGGGUGCUGCAUUGCGAUACGGGCUGCAGGCGCGAGCACCGACGCUCCCCGCAUCGCUUCUGGCACGGGCGACAACAGUUCAGGACUUGUUGAUUGGAGCUGACAGCCAAUAGGCAUCGUCAGCACAGCGUCGCCUUUGACGGUGUUUCUUUUUAUCUGGCCCGCGGUUGGCCUGGGACGCCUUCGGCGGGCAGCGGGCCCUUCGCGUUUUUUAGGGCCGACGUGGGCAGUGGACGGUGCAGGUGGUGGUGGGUUUGCAGCCCAGGUGUCGGCGGGUGCUGGCGGGCGCUGGCGGGUGGUGCUCCAGAGCGGGCCGACGCCCCCGGCGGUCCCCCCCCCCUUCCCCUGCCACUUCGGCUAAGGUGCGGCCAUUUACCCAAACGGCACUAAAACUCUACUCGGGGGAUCCUGGAGCCACUGCCGUGAGCCAUCUGCCAAAGUCUCCACGUCGCCGUCGACAUGCUGCCAUGACAGACGCCGAGAGAACCGACCAUCACGGACACCGGGCGCGCUCUGGCAGAGGAGCAAAGCCCUCGGACCGACCAGGGUCGCCGUCCAGGGAGUCCCGUCGCAGCCCUGAUGCCAGGAGCCACCGUCGUCACUCGAGGGGCGAGCACUCCACGCACGACAGACGUCGCUCGCGAGAUCGCAGUCGUGAACGAACCAGGCACCGCCCUUCCGAGUCUGCACGUCGAGUGUCCGAGGUGGAGGAUCUGAUUCCGCGCUAUCGGGUGAGCAAGGCGCGUCACGUCGAGCACGACGAUCAGUCGUCUCGACGGAGCCGCAGCCGAGAACGCGGCUCUCCCGGCACCAAAAGGCACAGAGAUAGCAGCCGAUCGCCCAGCCAUCAUCAUCGAAAGAGGUCAAGAAAGGACUACAGUCCGUCUCGACGCGACCGAGACCGCUCGAGAGAGUCUGAUUCAAGGAAGCGGCGACGACAUUCACCUCACGACCGACACGAGUCGUCUCACCGUCAUCACGGUCACUCUCUGAGACCCCCCUCGCGAUCGCACGAUACGCAGUCGCGUUCCCGUCGACGAUCUAGGUCCAAGUCGCCCUCUCGCCACGAUUUGAUAUCGCGCAGCGCGGCAUCUCGAGAAUCUCGAGAAUCGCGGCGUCUGAGGGACGACCCACCCCCGCCACCUCCUCCACGGACGCAUCACUCGCGGAGCCCAACGCCAAAAUCGGAUCGUCGUCGAGACUCCUCUCGCUCGCGGACCACGGCUGUUCGCUCUGACGCUCCCUCACAGCCUGGACGACCAAGGGGUGGCAGGGAUUCCUCCGAAGACCGCGGACGCCGGCCUUCUUCAAGGCACGGUCACCCUCGCUCACCAAGGCCACCUCCCGAGCGGAGGCAUCGACAAGUCUCGGCCGAGCGACCUCAUUCAUCCCGAUCGGAAGUCGAGGAAGAGAUGGCAUCGCGCAGCAGUUAUCGCGGGGGUCACCCAGCAUACGCACAGAAGGGCCACUAUGGCGACCCUCCGCGGCAUUCACAGUCUCCUCGCCACUCAUACCAAAACUCUCCGACCAUGUCCCCCUACGGCCCCCACCGAGGAGUUCGCGCUGGCCAACACUCUCCUCCACAUCACUACCCGCCCCAAGCGCCUCAUGGGCAUGCAAAUCAAGUUAUUCCAAAAGGCUCAUCCGAUAAUCAUCACCCCCAUCGCCAACAGUCACCAUCAAAUUCAGCACCCACAGGUCCGAUGCAGUCGUAUGCCCAAGGAGUGGGUUACCGCGGCGGUCAUCGCGGCGGUUCUUUUAGGGGAGGCUCCUUCGCAUCUAGCCGUGGGGGAUUUCGGAGUUCUGGGUCCCAAAACUCACAGUGGGACGCGGAGCAGCCGGGUCGCGGGCCAAACGACGGCGGCAGUCGACGGCCAAGCAUCAACUCUGAAACACACCUUGGGAGCAGUCAAAACGCCGCAACGGCAAACGCCCGACCCCAGAACGAUGAGCCCCCCAGGGCUACUGAGGGCUCCAAGAAAGAGAAUGACGCGUCUGUGCCACCGCCAAGACAGACGGGUCCCAGCUCUGCAUCGCCGCGAUCCGGAGGGCUGGCGGGAAAAUUCAGUUUCUCCUUCAAGCCGUCCUCGAAACCGACACCCAUGGCACCGAAACCCGAGAUAUCGCAGAAGUUCAAUGCGGUUCCGCAGAAGGCUGAAGCGGAGUCGGGAUCAAGGGGAGAUAGCCGUGACGACCGUGGUCGUGACCGCGACCGCGACCGAGACCGAGACCGGGAACGGGAAUGGGAACGAGAGCGUGACCGAGCGCGGGACCGGGACCGGGACCGGGAGCGAGAGCGGGACCACACCCGGGAGAAGGAUCGUGGUCGUUUUCGUGAGCCCCCACGCGGCGCGCCGACCGAACCAGCAUCGGCCCGGGCCCGACCGGACCUGCGCGACAUGCGCGAUGUGCCAAAUGGCCCGAGAUCAGCUCCGCGAAUGCGCAAAGUCAAGAAGAUUGUACGCACCGUCAAGCCUCGACCCAACCUCGAAGCGGACUUGGCCGCGUCUGAGUCGGUUUUCUACCGGAAACCUGGCAACGAGUCUGUGGUCGGCUCAGGCACGUACGGAAAAGUGUUCAAGGGCCUCAAUGUUUACACCAAGGGCCUUGUGGCCCUCAAGCGAAUUCGAAUGGAGGGUGAGAGAGACGGCUUCCCCGUGACAGCAGUUCGAGAGAUCAAGCUGCUUCAGUCCCUGCGACACACCAAUAUCGUCAACCUUCAGGAGGUCAUGGUGGAGAAGAAUGACUGCUUCAUGGUGUUUGAAUACCUCUCGCACGAUCUGACGGGUCUGCUCAACCACCCGACGUUUAAGCUGGACCCCGCGCAGAGAAAGCACCUCGCGAUGCAGUUGUUUGAGGGGCUGGACUACCUGCACACGAGGGGCGUGCUCCACCGAGACAUUAAGGCCGCCAACAUCCUCGUCAGCAACGAAGGUGUACUGAAGCUCGCUGACUUCGGGCUCGCUCGUUUCUACGCGAAACGCCACCAGCUGGACUACACAAAUCGAGUAAUCACGAUCUGGUAUCGAUCACCGGAGCUUCUGUUGGGGGAGACGCAGUACACGGCAGCGGUCGACGUCUGGAGCGCGGCGUGCGUGAUGGUAGAGAUCUUUACGCGGCGUGCCAUCUUUGCUGGUGACGGCACAGAACUCAGCCAAUUGGACAAGAUAUACAGCAUCCUUGGGACGCCGAACCGUCAGGAGUGGCCUGGCCUGGUUGAUAUGGCAUGGUUCGAGUUGUUACGACCAACAGCGAAGCGGAAGAAUGUUUUUGCCGACAACUACCGCGACAAGCUGACGCCGGCGGCCUUUGACCUGCUCUCGUCGAUGUUCCACUAUGAUCCUGCGAAACGCCCUACUGCCGCAGAGGCUCUGCAACAUGGCUACUUCACAACGGAGGAACCGCUGCCGCGGCAAGCAGUCGAGCUCGCGAGCAUCGACGGGGACUGGCAUGAAUUCGAGUCCAAGGCUCUGCGCAAGGAGAACGAGCGCCGCGAGCGGGAGGCAAGGCGAGCUGCCAAAGAUGGGUCACGCGAAAAGGAGAAGAAGCGCGGACCAGAAGGUGGGCAGCAGGGGCAAAGAGAGGCUAAGCGUAUCCACGUGGACAAUGACGCGACGUGACGACUCGCUGUCGUGGGACCUGACGACAAGCCCCAGAAAUGACCCUUCGCGGCACCGUCAUGUUGAGCAACCAACACUGCGCACAGCGAUCUCGAUGACCUGAGGACAUGCAGAGCUGGGGAUCACAAAAGUGGCAUGAUGGGCACGCCAUCGCAGGGCGCAUCAACAGCUGUACGUAGUGAUAAGUCAGCGUCGUGGGAUCGGCGGCGAGAUGACCGCGAUGGGAUCAUGUGCGGAAUGAAUGGAGAAAAUCUCUACAUAACAAGAAGCCGAGUUGAUGGUUUGUG